UCAACAUGGCGACGAUGUCAAUCUGUGAUGAACUUUCUUGUGACGAAUUAUUCAGUAAAAGAUCAUAGUCGGUUUAGUUGUUGGCGUUAUAUUAUCAUCCAAGUUAGAAGAUGAUGCUCUGAAUUGACUUUUCAUCAGUCAGCAAGAGAACCAUGAACGCAUAAAUUCUACCAAGCCGGCCAAAACCUUGACAAACACAGACUUUGAUAUAACGAGUACUUUCCUGGUGACGUUCACUGUACUGCUACUGUAAGUUGCAGUCAAUGCGGUUGAUUCUCCGAGAAGUUCCUCGCAGUCCCCCCCCUGACGUCAGUCGUCAGUUCCCCUCCGUCUCUCCCCCUUCCCCCCUGGCUAUCUUUUACUCCCGACGGUGAUGCGCUGCCCGCCAUGACGGCCAUUGCUGUCUUCACGUGCCACUCCAGCUCCCACCCCUUCCAGGAGCGACGGAUACCGCUCAGGGAGCCGGUCAAGAUCGGCCGGUCGGUGGCCAAGGCCCGACCGUCCUCCGACAAUGGAAUCUUCGAUUGUAAGGUGCUGUCGCGGAACCAUGCUCUCAUCUGGUAUGACCAUGACUCCCUGAAGUUCUAUCUGCAAGACACCAAGAGCAGCAAUGGGACUUUCAUCAACAACCAGCGCCUCAGCAGGGGGGCAGAGGAAAGCUCCGCCCAUGAACUCAACUCAGGAGACAUCAUCCAGUUUGGGGUGGAUGUCAUGGAGAAUUCCAGAAGAGGAGUUGUGACCCACGGCUGCAUAGUUUCCCAGCUGACAUUAUUCAACCCAGACGGAACAGAGGCUAUCAGAAGUUCCCCGGCUCCGACAUUAAGCUACAACAGUACCAGCCCAACCAGUAACAAUGUGCCAUCCCAGGACCUUUACCAGUUAUCACACUACCUCAAGGAGGCUCUGCACCGGGAGCAGAUGCUGGAGCAGAAGCUGGCCGGCCUGCAGAGACUGCUCUCCUCCACCCAAGAAGCUUCGGAGAGUAGCUGGCAGGCCCUGAUUGAUGAGGACAGGCUGCUUUCCAGGCUGGAGGUCUUAGAGAGCCAGCUCAGGGCAUACUCAAAGGCAAAUUCAGAGGAGAGUAUACGGAAGGAGUUGGUUGCACUCCAAGAAGACAAACACAACUACGAGUCGACCGCUAAGGAGUCUCUCAAGAGGGCGCUAGAAGAGAAACUAGAUGCAUGCCGGAAGCUCUCUGACAUGGAGAGGAUGCUGAGCAAUUCGGAGGACGAGUGCGCCCACACCAAGGAAGAGGUGGACCGCCUGCAGGCCGAGCAGGAGGCCUUGAUCACCAAGCACUCGGAGGUGGCCGCCGAGCUGAAGGACGUGGCCCAGAAACUUGCCGAGGCGGAGAAGAUGCAUGCCGAUGAGGUGGAGAGAUUAACGAUUGAGAAGACGGAGUUGGAACGGAAGGUGGACAUUGCAUCACGAGAGGAGAUCGCCCUGGCAACAAGGAUCGAAGAGAUGCAGGCGGAGUGCGACUUUGCCCGGGAGCAACUUGCAGCUGUCAAGCUUCGCUACGAAGAAGUUCAAGAGCAGCUCAAGCACGAUGCCAAGGACACGGAAAAGUUCGACAAGAUGGAAGACCAGGAGAAAGAGGACAAAAAUCGCAAGAUUAUUCAGGAAAAGGAGGACGACACCAGGCAGAUCAUCUCCAAGGAAGACUCAGACUCCACAGAUGCCAGAGACAACACGUUAGAUAAUAGCAACAGGUCACUCAGAGAGGACCAGGAAGACAUUGAGAAGGAUGCCAAAGAAGAAGCGAAGGAGAAGCCAACAAGACCAGAGGCCAAGGUCAACGGUCAGGCAACGCCGACAGAUGCAUCGCCCACCUCACCCAACGAGCCCCCGGUUCAAGGGUUGUUAGAAGAACAACUGGAAAGAUUAAAAGCUAAAUUGGUAGACUCAGAAACCAGGCUGCAGGAGAGCCAAGAGCAAGUCAGCAGCCUACAGGCACAGCUAAAGCAGGCUCAGCUGGAAGCCAUCGAGAAUAUAGCCAAGGCUAAUGUCAUUGAAGAGAAACUCAAGGAAUCUGAGAGGACUAUGCAGGAGGCAGUGGAAGAAGCAACUGCCGACCUCAGAGAAAGAAUAGCCAAAAUGGAAGCUUUGAAUUUAGAGAGGACUAGAGGAGGUCAAGUCAUUGAAGAGUCCGUGUUUGCAAAGACGGAAGAGAGGCAUCUUAGCGCUGCCCCGCCUGAUGCCAAAAACAACCUCUUGAACACGAUGCUACCGGACCAGCUGGCCAGCCUUCAUAAUCAUCUUGGCGACAACCAAGAGUCGCUGUCUGAAGCUGCUGAUGCUUCCCUUUCAGAAACCUUGCAUGAUGAUCCCACAGCUCACAUUGGUGAAAAACUAGAGGAUGCACUGCAGCUUAGUGCCAAAGAAAUGGAGAUGUUGAAAGAGAAACUGCAGGCUUCGUUGAACAAGCAAAAGUUGUACGAGGAGCAACUGGAGAAGUUAAGACGAGAUUUGACGGAGAUGCAGAAAAGACACGAGGUCCUCCUGGAGGAGAAUGAGACACUGAAAGAGCAGUUGAUUGACAGUCAAGAGGAGGCCAGAGAAGCUGUAGAGAGAGCGGAAGACCUCCAGGAGCAACUUGAAAGAGCAGAAAACUCCGCCAAAGAAGGCAAUGAUCAGAUACUGGAACUAAGAGAUCAAUUGAUGGAGGAGCAACAAGCCGCCAAAGCCAGCUCAACAGAAGCCUCACAGACAAAACAGCUGUUAAAUAAAGAGCAAGAGGCUUUGAAACGUCAAGGAAGCCUGCUGGAACAAAUACAGAAACAAUUGAGAACUGUAGAGGAAAAGAGCUUGGAAACGGAAGCGUCGAUGGAAGAUUAUCAAGACCAAAUAAAGACUCUGAAAGAAGAGCUGGAGAAAGAGAAACAAGUGCGGCAACAGCUGGAGAAGGAGUCUACACAAGCCAAGCAAAGUAUGCAGCAGCUUCAGUCACGGCAUGAUACGUUGGUGGCCCAGAGGCAAGAAGAACAAAGGACUCAGGCGUCUGCUCAGGGAAGUCGGUCAACGCCUGCCCUUGCAUCAGAGAGCCUUACCUUACAGAAAGAGUGCUGUGAACUGAAGGCCAAACUGUCACAGACAGAGGACAGGCUGAACAGGACAAGAAGAGAGAGCGGCAAGCUGAGUCAGGACACCAACAAGCUCCAGAUUUUGCUACGCGAGGCAGAGGCCCAGCGAGACAAGCUGAUGGACCAAGAUUUCCAACGGAAGAAAGAGCUGAAGGAAGCAGCCAAGGAGGUUGAAAGAGCCAGACAGCAGGUCACAAAAGCCUUGGAAGAGAAUCGGCACAUGGAGGAGAGAGUACAGGCUGUGGAGCUGGAAAAGACAAGACUCGAGCGAGAGGCGCGGCAGGGUCCACCUGCCCUGGAGACCGGGCCAGCUGUCAACACGGUUAUCCAGAUGAAGUACGUGCCCAUCAUCGUCAUUUUCAUUGCCAUUGCUGCAGCUGUGGUACAAUUUAUAGUGGCCAUGUCGUCGUCUGUAUGACAGUGCUCAUGUUAGCUGCACUGCAUGGAUAUAUGCUGAAAAUACUCGACCCAAAAUAUGGCAGGACAACAAUAAUCUCUGAAUUAGCUAUUCGCUUGAUGGUGUUUGUGGCAAAUUUCCUAUCUGCCUACCCAGGGAAACUUCGCCAAGUGGUUCUUUUGAGUCUUUGAUUGAGAGGGGACAGUCUUGAGGCCAGAACAGCCCCUUGGCAGAGUCUGUUUUCGUUUGGCCAGUACGUAGGCAUUUUCUGCGACCUUGUUUCACCUGUGCUCAUUAGUAGAUAUCAAGGGUGGCAGGUAAUUCAUCAAGUGUAAUUUGACUGCACUGAAUCAGCAUUAUCAAAAUGCCUGGGAACAGGGAAUUUUUUCCCCCAUAUUCCUAUGAUACCAGCAGACAGCCUUGUAUGACGGCGUAAAUUACAUGCGUGUUAGCUGUCCAGACGGGCAUUUUGCAUUUCCUCCAACAUUUUCUUCCAAUAAUCAGAACACCAAGUUUGUUCAUGUUUUGUUAUACACUCUCGAAACAGGUGUAAUUUAUUGUGGCCUCUCAGUCAAACGAGAGCUGUUACAAAGGUUCACAAAUUGUACAAUAAAUAUAUUUAAAGAUAUGUGAACAGACAUUUUCCAUUGCACAAGGACACCACAAAGCUCUAUAAAUUUAUCAAAAUGCACAUUUAAGAAAAAAAAUGAAAUGCUAGUUAUGAAAAUCAGUUAAUUGAGAUGAUGAAUAAUUAAUUAAUUAGUUAAUUAAAAGAGCUUAGAUUUGAGACGAGUUAAAGUUUGUCACAAAUAGGUCAGACAAACCUACCAAAAAUUUAAGUAGGGACUGUUCAGUGAAUCCACGUGUCAACCUGAAUAGCAUUUAAGCCUGGUUCGCAGAGGUUGGAAGGUAGGAAAGCGUGACAUAAAAUUUGAGGUUAGCCUCUAGUUCUGAGCCUUCAAAGGCAGAAAUACAAAACCAAGUUUCAAACAUUGCCCGUUUGUUGUAAGAGAAAAUACUUCAGCAUUUUGAUCUGAAUAAAACUAUGCACCAAAUUUGAUAGAAAUUUGAUCCUUCCCUUAACUUGCAAUUCUGCUCGGUACUUUACCACUCAACUGAAGUAAGUAGGAACAUAGUAGAGUCACUGAGAAAGUGCAUCAGUGAUCCGAAAAGGGUAUUUUAACUCCAUGGCAAAGAUUAACCAUUUGGAAAGGCUCGGUAGCGAACUCACUGUACUGCUGGCAUUAAAUGGACAUGCCACCCUGUUGCACUUAUUGAUAACAAUUCUGAAAUGCCUGGACUGAAAGAAGGUUCACUUUUAAAAUUAUUCAUAGAACUUGAAUUACUCAAGGGGAAAGUAAACGGCAGAGUCAGUGAAAAUGCUUUUGACCACUUGCAGAUUUGUGCGUUGAUGGCAUAGGGUUGCAUGAUACGUGUUCUGUAGUUUGAUAGAACUGUAUCAUUUGUGCCAUUUUCUUCUUAAGUUCAGUUGUCUUUUUUAUAAAGACGAAGGUUGAACCGUCAAGAGAAGAUAAUGUUCCUCAGUUACGGUACUGUCUUCUUCAGAGCGAUUUUGAUUUAUAUUUGGACCAGAAAAGCUGGUUUGUGCCAUCUUGUUCCACCGCCGCUCAUUUUGUAGGUAUCGAGGAUGGCACAGAUAUUUAAUCGCACUGAUAAUUUCAAUUGCUAGCAGACAGGUCGUUAAUUUGCCCUUGAUGUACGCACAUCAAAAGUGGAUAAAAAAAAGAUGAGUUUUCAACUGUUGGAAUGUGUUAUUUGACUGCAAGGGAUCAGUAUAUCAAAAUGUAUUUUGCCCACUUACAAACUGGUGCCCUUAAGGCACGGAAUCACGCCGUAAAUGCUCUCUCUGGUUUCUAUAAUAUAACUCCAUGAUUUAAACCAACCUCUUCGGAGUUUAAAUUGUCUCUUUCACUUGUUUACAACUUUCUUUUUUAAGACGAAGGUUGAACCGUCAAUAGAAGUGUUUGUGUCUCGAUUGUGGUCUUGUCUCAUUCAGAGUGAUUUCUAACUAUGUCCAAGGUUCGCAUCCAUGCAGUGCAGCUCUGUGUACAUUUUUGUGCAUACGUAAUUUUACACCGUAAGCGGUUUUUUUCUUUUUGUAUUUCAGGAACAUACUAAUCAUGUAAAUAAGUAUAUUAUUUGAAUGAACUUCAAAAGUUUACCCACUGGAGUUCAAACCUGCUAAUUCUAGAUUGAAAUUCGAGCACCUAAAUGUAAACUUCGUUACCUGGCUGUGAUCUGUCGCAUUCGUUGUUGCAAAUGAGUUUAACUGCGUGAGGGUGGGAGGUUUUCUGUGAUUUUUGUUCUCAGAAAUGGGAAAAUGAGAGGAAAUUUUGAGAAGUGAGUCCGACAUGCUUUCAACAUCGCAAGCACAGAACGACUGAAACUUCUUGUUUGUUUCUGGCUGCAUGCAACCUUCCCCCCCAUGGGCUAGCCUCGACCGACGUCGCUAGCAGAAAAGGGUUUUUUAAUGUCUUGGUUUAGUCUUAUCAGAGUACCAGAAAUUUGGCUCUCUUGAUAGCAAGGCCAAAAUAAUGAGUGAGUGCGAACAGGAAAAAACAAACUUGCCCAUAUAUUGGUUCUUUUUUGGGGGGGUCAACAUGAAAAAUGCUUGUAAGCAGUACCGAAGCGGGGAAUACUCUCACUGUUUGAAAUACUUGUGUUGGAAGUGGUGUUUACAGCAACAGAGACAAGCGGAAAUUGUAACUCCAAGACGCCAUCGAAAAGGUGUUAAAGUUGUAUGUGCUAUGGAAGACUAGGUCAUCUCAGUCUACGUGCCCUGCGUGGAAGCUGUUGAAAUGUUCGGACCUUACUUCCCUUUGAAGAAAUCCUCAAGAGCCACGAUUGUGGCCUUUAUUCAAGUUGCGUUUUCCCAGUGUGUUGUGUAAAAAAAACGCGCUCGGUUAGCAAAAUUAGUCGCAUUAAAAAAAUGUGGCAUUUAAUUGUAUUUACAUGUACGUCUUCCACAUAGAAUAGCUUUGAGUCUUGCAAUUCACAGUGUACGAACUUGGACCAAACAAUAACAACUGUUAUUCUUGUGUCUUGACUGCACCCUCCCCUUAUUAAAAAUGUACUAUUUCGUAUCGAGUGUUUGUUAUACAUAGUAGCGCGUGAUCUUCACUGCAAAAACUGACCACAGCAAAAUGUGUUCGUUUAACACUGCUGGUGUUACUUUAUAUACCUGCAAGUGUAACAAUGCACUGUAGAGUGUUAAAAGUAACACCAACAGCGCUGAAACACCAAAAAUGUUAACACCUGUGAAAAGUGUCGUCAUGGCCCUCCAUUUUUUUUUUUUUUUUGCAGUGUUAAAGCAGACAGAGUAUGCUCAAGUGAAGCUUAUUAACUGAAAAUUUUCUUGUGGAGGAGAAAUAGUCAAAAGUAAAUACAUGUAUGAUUAGUGCUGUUUCCCGUGUCGCUUUGGUUUUUAACUCUGUAUCUAGGUUUUUGUUUCUGCUAUUAAGCGAAAGCCUCUCUGCUUAGCAACAUUCAAAUUGAAGCUUCAAUCACGGGCUCGGUGAUAAAGAACAGUAACCUCUCUCAAGUCGUCGAUGUGGGAAUAUCGUCGUACACAUUUUCACACUUUCGUUUGAACCAAGUGCAAGAUGGCACACUUGAGAUAUGUCAUUGAAAUAAAGUAGGAUAAAAUGAUGAGAAUUUGAUAUUUUUGUAUAAGUAAAAUGUGUGUUGAUGUACAAACCGAGUUGGAUAGAGUGAGCAGUAGAUAACGUUAUUGUGGGUUUUGUAUCGAGCAAUUGUACAUAAUGAAAUAAUUGCGUGUAGGGUCACUUUCCGUUCUCCUGUCUCAGUUAUCGUUUAUUUAAAAGCUUCAUUAAUAGGCUGAUUUUUUUUUUGUGUGUACAUUUCAUUAAUGAGACACAAGUGCGAUUUUGUGGAAGGGGAAGUGAAAUUACACUGACAAAACCCUGCCUCGUAUUCGCACUCUGAACCGAAAAAAAAUACCAGAAUGGCGUAGAAAUCCGUCAUUUUUCAUUUUGUUUAGGUGUGACCGAUGUGCGCUUUGUCGUAUUGGUAUAUCUCUCGACUGGUUGUUGGUUAGUUUACAACAUUUAUUUCAAAGUGUUGUGGAGUCGAUAGAAAAGACACAUACCACCCGACACUUUGCAUCGAGUGAAAAAGAAGUUUCCGAGUUGUGGAAGUAUUUCUAAA